UCAGUGGCGGGUGCCGGCGGCGGCGGGUGCUCAAUGGCGGGUGUUCAGCGGCGGGUGCCGGCCGGCCGGCUGUGUUGGCCGUUGCUCGGCGAUGGCCGAGGAGGGCGCCGAAGGACGGCUCCGGUCGCCAGACGGUGGGCUGCCCUGGAGCCGGCGGCAUGGUGCGCUGCGCGCCGCGAGCCCGCCUGCUGCUGCUGGCCGGCCUGCUGAGCGCCGCCGCCGCGCCGGGCCGCGCCGCUUUCACCGACGUGUUCCAGCUGCCCUCGCAGACGUUCCAGCUGGUGGCGCCCCAGUGGCUGUGGGCAGGACACGGCUUCGUCAACGACACGGCCGCCGUCUACUGGACGGGGAUCACCGGCUCGCUCUGUGACUGCACCACCCGAUGUUUCGUGGACGUGGGCUGUCUGAGUUUGAGCUACGACACGAGCAGCGGCGCCUGCCAGCUGAACGCCGUGCGCGGCCACCCGAGCAACACGGAGUACCGCAGCGGCACACUGCACCGCCUCCGGCCGCAGAUGGCCGUGCUCGGGGACUGGUGUUCGGCCGACUCGGACUGCUCUCUGCUGACCUCCGGCGCCGGACGCUGUGUGGCCAACACGUGCCAGUGUGCGCCCGGUGAACAGCCCGUCUCGCCCACCCAGUGCGGGCCGGCCACUUUAACAACGACAGAGGUGGCCACUGUCGGUUCCACGGCAACUGGUGGGCCCGACUUGGCGUCAACAGCCGGACCGAGCGGCUCGUCCACCGCGGCCGCAGUCUCCUCCACGGCCUCGACGACACCCACUGCUCCAGUCGCCUCAUCCACUACUGAAACCGCGGCCCCGCCGACCACUGCCGUCCCCGGCUCCACCGCUCCUACCACCGCUACAACCACCCCCACGGCAGCUACCUCCACAUCUACUGAAUCUACCACGUCUACUGCUACAUCUACCACCAACGGGCCCAGCACGACACCCACUUAUUCCACUGCCUCCACUACUGUUACAACAACAACCGAAACGACCGCCGCCAUCUCCACUACGUUGGCCACAACCACCACCACAGCUACCGCGACCACCACCACUGCUACCGCGGCCACCACCACAGCUACCGCGGCCACUACCGCGGCUACUGCGGCCACCACCACAGCUACCGCGGCCACUACCGCGGCUAUCACCACAACUGCUGUGGCCACAACUACCCCUACGGCAAUGACUUCCACCACAACAACGCCAACAACAACGCCAACAACAACGCCAACAACAACGCCAACAACAACGCCAACAACAACAGUCCCAACGAUCGGCGAGCCGGUCACCACUGGGAUGGAGCCGCUGGGCACGCCUAUCCUGGUGGAGGGCUCCACGGCCGGCCAGGACCUGAACGCCUGGGUGUGCGGCAGCCAUACGUCCGGUACCAGCGCCCUCAUCGGUGCCACAGCCGGCGGCGGCCAGGGCAACCAACUGAAUGCGAUGCAGUGCGCUGAUUUUUCAACGCUUCCUGGGUUUACAAUGGAUCACAGUAAUCCGUAUCAUCUGAUUUUAUCAGAGCCGGGGGCCACCUGUCCGGACAACAGCGUCAUCAUCGCCAUACAAGACACUGCAACGAACGCCAACACGGCCAUUGAGGCCCUGUGCGUGACCAUCGGCGGCGGCUACGUGGUCGACCACGGCCAGUCGAGCACCCGGACGUUCGUCAAAGAUGUGCCGAUCUCCUGCGAUCCGUACUACGCCGUGACCGCCCUGGCGCGAGAUCCCACUAACAAAGACCCCUGGACGACCAUGAGGUGCUGCAAGAUUGUGCCCGAAUAACGCCACCGUCUCCACCGGCUGACCACCGCAUUCAGCGGCGCCCCCUGCACUGUAGCAGCGCGCUGCCAACCCAGCAGAAUCGCUGUCACCCUCGACUGUAUGUAUUAUGUAUGUACUAGGCUCUAAAUAGACUGAAAGCGGUGUCCUGGAAGACCCUUGCACUAAAAUACCUACCUAGGGAGAUUGCGAUUAAUUUAAUUGCCUUGUACCGGACACCCACUGGUAAAAAACUAACCGUGACAAUUUGCAUAGCGAUUGUAACGAGCACCUGUAGACUUAUGUGAUGAGCUGAGCUGGUGCAUGUGAAUUUGCCAAUGCAGGUUCGAUGACUACGAAAGUAACUUUCCGACUUCAACUAGAUAGGUAUCGGUACAUGAGGCCUGAAAUGUUCAUACACACGUGCAUACCCACAUGCAUACAUACACCAUACAUGUAGGUAACUCAGGCACAAGUAACGAAAUGAUCAAAGCUGCGAGGACUUGCAUCCAUGAAGGUCACGGCUGUCGUCUAUACUCGUAGUGCCCCGCUCUCUGGAUUAGUUAGGUACCUCUGGAUUAGUUCUAUCGCUGAAUAAAUAAAUUUCGCAUUGAUUCGCUGUAAAAA